ACUGUUUUUGGGUCAACAUGGCUGACUUGAGUUCCCAGAACUCUCUAACCUCCUCUGUGAUAACGCAACGUUAUCAGGGGUGAGUGACUGGAACAGUUCCUGCAGACCGGAGAGGAUGUUUUUAAUCCCAGCCUCAGAGGAGGCAGCGUUCCCUUUUGUCCAUUGUCCCUCUGAUUUUCCAGAUCACUGUUUAUGAGGACUAAUAAGUUCCUGUUGUUCUGCGGCUGGUAUUUAUAGAGACUUUUUAUUAUUUUUAACGCCACCAUUGUUGAGUGAAGGUAAUAAAUGUGAUGAGGCUGUGAUUAUGGAACUUCCUCUUCAUACGUACAGAGGAAAUUGCCCUGAAAUUCCUGUUGCUGCUGGAAUUCCGAUCUGGCUGUCACAUGUGGGCAGUGCCCACGUACACCCACAUCCACCCACUUACAUUUACCUUCAAAGUGUCGGAGGACAGACGGAGGCCACUCAGACUGAGGUUCAGAGUCACAGAGUGAAGCUGGAGGUCUCCUACUUUAGGAAUCAAUCGGUGAAAGGGCGAGAUGGCAUGGUGUCGUCCAAUCGUAACAGACGUCGGCCGCUGUCGUCGGGUGAGGUGGAGGGCGUGGUCUGGCAGGGCGCGCGCACGGUUUUCCUUCAGAAGAACCCGCAAGGGUUCGGUUUCACUCUGCGACACUUCAUCGUGUACCCACCAGAGUCCUCACUGCAAGGCUACAAGGUUGAAGAGAAUGGGAACAGCAGCAGAGCAGGUCGCAGUCGUUCUCCUCUGGAGCCGAUGGACACCAUCUUUGUCAAGAGUGUUCGAGAACAUGGGCCGGCCCACCAAGCUGGGCUGUGUACAGGGGAUCGUCUGGUGAGCGUCAAUGGACAAAGUGUUCUUGGAAAAACUUACUCUCAGGUGAUCGCACUGAUCCAGAACAGUGAAGAUGUUCUGGAACUCUCUAUUAUGCCAAAGGAUGAAGACGUGUUUCAAUUGGCAUACUCCCAUGAUGCCUACCUAAAAGGUAAUGAGCCAUAUCCAGAGGAGGCCCAGAAUCCCCCUGAGCCUCCACCUUUCUGGUCCCCCUUAAAUAAACCCAACGUCAGAACCUGCGAGCCCAGCCAGAACCUCCAGACGCUUCCAGACAACUGGCAGUGUCGACCUGAGGAGACCACCUUCCCCGUGGAUAACCAGCCCCUAGCUGUUUCCACCCCAAACUCCGGCUGGCUCGGAGGACCUGAAGAUCCAGGUAGAGCCUUUGCCAUAUCCGGUGGACACCGAGGUCGCUGCUCUGCAACCUUGAGUGCCCUGGACUUUCAUUUUGCUAACCACAAUGCUGCCAUUGCUUCUGCAACCCUCCCUCCACCAAGGAGGAGUAGACUGCCGGUGUCUUCUCGUGCCCACACCGACGCCCUCUGUCACCAGGCUUUAUCUGACUGGUACUACAGCCAGGCGGAGGCCGCUGAACGAAUAUCCCCACGCCAUCGCAGUAUUUCUCAAGAUCGUUUGUUGGAGCUUGGGUUGGCUCUUGGUCCCAGCCCUUUAUCUUCAGAACGAUGCAGAAGAGACACUCUAAUGCACCACCAUCAAGCGGCAGCUGUUUCCCAUGAUUCCUUAUGGCUAAGUGGCUAUGGUGGUGUAGCGAAAACAGGAGGCAGGAAAUGCUCUGAGAAACUUCUGGCAGCUUACGCAGAAUAUGAACAUAACUACGAGCGUUCUGUAGAGACAUUAGCACAAGCCUCUGCUUUGGUCACACCACGUCACAAUCAAAAACCACAAAACAUCCAUUCUACAAAGUUCAACAAAAAGGAGGGCUAUGACUGCACACAGGGUCUACAACACCAGACCACAGUGACUCCCCCAACCACAAACUCAUCAACAGUACUCUCCAGUGGUGGGCAGUCUGGUCAGCAGCUGGCAGAGACCCAGACCAGGCGGGUACAAGAAGAAGAGCUGGUGGGCUACAAGAGCUACAGUCCUUCCUUCUCCCGUAAGACCAGCCACCUCCUUAGGCAAGCACACUCCUUCAAGGAACCCAGCUACAGUGGUCUUCACCUGAACUGGAGCCCUGGCAGCAGGAGCACUCCUACAGAUAGUAAGGUUCAGACGGCACCAAGACCCCGGUCCACACCUGCAGUGCCAGCUCCGGAGGAGGAGAAAACACAACCAGGGGAGGACAGAAAAGCUACUCCCAUCACCCAUAACCAAGAAGUGGUGCUCAGGCGGAAACCUCUGAACCAACGACCCCCCGUCAGUGCUCUUAGACAGUCACACUUCUCCUCACAUGUAGACUCUCCUGAGCCUCCUGGACUGACACCUUCACAGGAAAAACUCUCCCCUGUAUCUACGGAGUCAAAACGUGGCACCAGCAGUCGUCUGGCCCAGCACGCAUUUGACUCUCUGUCCUCCAUUCCUUUUAUAGAUGAACCCAUCAGUCCUAGUCUGGACCUACAGGCCCUCUACGUACCAGCCUGCUCUGUGGUGUCCACUUCACAGAAUUUCAGAAAUGAGGGCAACCUCAUUUCUGCGUCUGUCUCUCCCAUCCUGUCUUCCGUCAUCUCCUUUGUCCGACUUCAUUGUCAGGACUGCAGUGAGUCUCACUCAGUCUCUCUGAAUUUCCUUUACAAAAUGCUACAUGGCAUCUGCAUGUUCCUAUCCAAGUCCUGUGACGAAGGCCUCAACAACUUCAGGGAGGAAGGUCGCGUCCUAACCAAAAUACCAAAAAGGGUUAAGAGCUUUUUCACUGAUGGCUCCCUGGAGACUCUACGGGCUCAGGAGGAGGCCCGGUCAAAGCGCCACUCCACCUCUGAACUUGGAACCAUCACCUUCAGUGACGUUCGCAAGGAGGGCUGGUUACACUACAAACAGAUCCUCACAGAGAAGGGAAAGAAAGUGGGCGGGGGCAUGCGACCAUGGAAACGCGUCUUCUCCGUCCUCCGGUCCAGUUUGCUCUUCCUGUACAAGGACAAAAGAGAGGCGGUGCUUCAUGGAGCAGGGGCGGGGCCUGGCCAGGAUGAGAACCCCCCAGUCAGCAUUCGUGGCUGCUUGAUCGACAUCGCCUACAGCGAAACAAAACGCAAGCACACCCUGAGGCUGACCACCCAGGACUUUUGCGAGUACCUCCUCCAAGCUGAGGACAGGGACGACAUGUUGGCCUGGAUCAGGACCAUCAGGGAGAACAGCAAGACAGAUAAUGAGGAGAUUGGUUCCUCCAGACAAGCGUUGAUCAACAAGAAGCUGAAUGAUUACAGAAAACACAGUCUGACAGGUAACAAGCCUGACACCUCCCCCAAACUCCACAGGAUGGUGCCUCCUUUCCUUCUGGCCAAAACUGACAACACCUCAGCCAACCGAUCCACCAGGGCAGAUGACAUCAAAGCACUUUGGGGCAUCAACAUCAUGAAGAAAGCCAAGAAGACAGGCAGUCCAAAGGCCUUUGGUGUGCGACUAGAGGACUGUCAACCUGCUGUCAACCAUAAAUUUGUCCCAAUGAUAGUGGAGAUGUGCUGCGGCAUGGUGGAAGAUACAGGUCUGGAAUACACCGGCAUCUACAGGGUUCCCGGAAACAACGCCAUGGUGUCCAACCUUCAGGAGCAUCUGAACAAAGGCCUGGACUUCAGCACUGCUGAGGAGAGGUGGCAGGACCUGAAUGUGAUCAGCAGUCUGCUCAAGUCCUUCUUCAGGAAACUGCCUGAGCCUUUGUUUACAGACGACAAAUACAACGACUUCAUCGAUGCCAACAGAAUAGAAGAUGCUGAGGACAGACUGAAGACCAUGAAGAAACUGAUUCAGGACCUUCCUGAUCAUUACUACCACACACUCAAGUUCCUGUUGGGGCACCUAAAGAAGGUGGCAGAUCAUGCUGAGAAGAACAAGAUGGAGGCCAGAAACUUGGCCCUGGUGUUUGGUCCGACCCUGGUGAGGACGUCAGAGGACAACAUGACCGACAUGGUCACUCACAUGCCUGACAGAUACAAAAUAGUGGAGACGCUGAUUCUGCAUUCUGACUGGUUCUUCAGUGAUGGAGAACUUGAUAAGGAACCGAAGGCCCCUGAAGACAAACAGGACAAACAACCUGCACCCAACAUCGACCAUCUGCUGUCCAACAUCGGCAGGCCCGGGAUGCCAGGAGAGACAUGUGAUUCCACCACCAGCGAUUCACUUAAGUCAAAGCUGUCCUCAAGUUCCAAGAAAGACCUGACCACCAGGGACCUAACGCCCAAGUCCAUCAUUAACGCUGUGACGAGGAAACGUAAAAAAUGUCUCAGUGCUUACCUACCAGUCAGCAGUGAUGAUGAAGACUCAGAGCAUGAACCUGUCAAAGCAAGUACCUGCAGGGCAGGAGGAGGGGGUGGAGAGGCCAGGGGGGUGGAGGAGGUGGCACAGGGGGGAGAUGAUCCUCUAAAGGAAACGUGGAUUAAAAAAGGAAAUCGAGUAGAAGGAGCAGGGAACCGUGGGGAACGAGAAAAGGCUGAGGCUCAAGUGGAAAAGGAGGAAGAGAAGGAAACAAAAAGCUCUGAGCAUGAGAGCAGACAAAGAACAGCUGGGCCCAGAAAUCGAGUGCUGCAGCGCCCCCACAGUUUUAUCUACCCACACCAACAAGCCCACACCACACACCAAAGACACUUACCUGAGUUUAAACCAGCUUCACAUUCAAGACCUGACAAUCUCGCUACAGGACGGCCCGUGGUUCCUUUCUGGAUCUACCCCACCAGGCCUCCUUACCUCCACCACACAGCCAGCUUCCAGGAGAACCAACAGCCAGACUGGAAUCAGCAAGUGCCAGUCCGCUACAGAAAGACCAGAGGAGGCAGGACCCGGGCCGUGUCCAUGAACGUGGACCUUGAGCUGUGGAGAAAUAACGACAGAGAUCGAGGGUGGAGAACAGAGAAGGUGGAGGUGAUCAGAGUCAUUGAAGGAGGGCCAGGUCAACACAGAAGUGUUGGCGUUCCACAGGGAUCCAUUGUAGUCCCCAUGUCAUGCCAGCAAACACAUCCACAUCCACACCCUGCCCCCCACAGGACUCCACCCACGUCCUUGGGUUGGGUAGAUCAGGGUUCUCCAGGAUCAUCUGGUGUAGUCAUGAGAAGAUCAGGACACGAUUCACGAGAUAAAACAAGAGCACGUCGUCGACAUACGGUGGUGAUUUAACCUGACCUCGGCAUCUGCUAAUGUUUUACCACUAAACUAAAUGUCACCAAAGACAAGUACCAACAAAUCAGUUCUAGGACACAUUUGUCAAGACCUUCAUCAAGUUUCAUUCCUAAUGAGUUUAACAGCAUUAACCUUUAACCAUCUACUUACCUGACACUAAGAUUAGUACUAAGUGUGAGAAUGACUGGUCCUGUCCUGUGCUGAAGGUCCAGGUCUUUGGGGAAUAAAACUGAACUGGAAAAGUUCUACAUAGCUUUUGAAGUUCCACAGAGCCUGGGGUCGGGUUUUUACCAAAGUCAAACAUCUGAGUUCAGUGGAAAACAAAAAAAACAACCAAAAAAAAAAAAAAAAAAACAACAACCAA